AUGCGUAGACGGAUUCUGGCAAGUUUACGCAGCACGGAAGACCCAUUCCUUCUGGAAGAAGACGUUUUCAGAAGGUUUUUAAGAUUCCCGAAAUCCUUCUGCUGGGAACUUGUUCAAGAUCUCAAACCACUUGACAAGUUUAAGCGGAAGUCGAGAAUUCCAUUUGAGCUUUGGUUUGUUUCAGUACUAUAUUUUCUGGCAAAUGGCUCCUACCAAAGCGUUAUAGGAAACUGCCACUUCUCGGCAAUGAGUCAACCAAGCGUGUCGAGAUGUAUUGAGCAAGUUUGCAAAAUGGUAGUGGAACACAAACACUUUGAAAUUAGUUUUCCCCAUGAGGCGGAGCAUUACAACAGCAUAAAGAGGGGCUUUCAUAACAAAUUCGGAAUAAAAGGCGUCAUAGGUGCUAUUGACUGCACACAUAUUGCAAUACUUUCCCCGCAAUCUUUAAUUGCUGGAGUAGUACCUCAUGAGUAUAUGAAUCGCAAGGGAUACUACAGCAUUAAUGUUGAAGCCAUUUGCAUCGACGAAAUAAUUUUUCAAAACGUCAAUGCACGAUUCCCAGGAUCUUGUCAUGACGCCGGUAUAUGUACAACUUCGCCGGUGAGAAUCAAACUCAUCAGGGAACACAUUUUGGGAGCAUUUAAAUGGCUUUUAGGUGAUUCAGGUUAUCCUUUGGAGCCAUGGCUACUAACACCAAUAGCAACACCUUCUUCCGCUAGCGAAGAGAUUUUCAAUAAAACACAUAUAAAAGCAAGGAACACAAUUGAACGUGCCUUUGGAGUCCCGAAGUUACGAUUUCGGUGUCUAUCCAAAGAGCGCGUUCUUAGAUAUUCGCACAAAAAUGCGGCAGCUAUCAUCUAUACAUGUAUAAUAUUCCACAAUAUGCUGCAAAAACGUGGCAUAUUCAUGAGGCCAUGCCACCAGAAGACCCAUCGAAUGAUGAAAAUAGUGAACCAAUUAGGUCAACAGAAUAUUAUUCUGAAGGCAGAAGGGCGCGGCAAAAUUGCAUGA